AUGUCUAUCAUUUCUCCGACCUCAUUGUCCGUCACUUCCAACAGACCGCAACACCUAGUAUCUGGAAUGAAUCAGUUCCUUCAGUCGUUGGAUAUCACUUUUCGUCGAGAUCCAACCAACGCCAGACCACGAAUCAACAAAUUGAAUUCGGUGAAAGAUGUGGACCAGAAGAAGUGCGGAAACUAUUUCUUCUUGGAAGACUAA